AUGCCUCAAUCCGAAACAGCCGCUAUGGAUACACGUACGGAAGAUCAGAAAAAAAGCGCGUUUGGUUUAACAUAUGUCCACGAGCCCCAGGCAGAACACACCCACACCAUCAUUCUACUCCAUGGGCGGGGUAGCUCGGGCGAGGAGUUUGAAGAGGAGCUUUUCGAGAGCCGACUAUCCGACCAGUCAAAGACUCUGCCGCAGAAAUUCCCCAGCUGCAAAUGGGUUUUCCCCUCCUCCCCGGAGGUUUGGAAUCCGGUAUUUCAGGAGGAUAUCUCUGCUUGGUUUGAGGCACAUUCACUCACCGACGUCGAUGCUAGGCAGGACUUGCAGAUUCCUGGGAUCAGACAAUCCGUCGAGUAUGUAUUGACCUUGCUGGGUCAAGAGAUUAAUGCCCUUGAUGGGAGGGCAGAGAGAGUCUUUCUGGGCGGCAUCAGUCUAGGAGGGGCCGUGAGCAUGUGGACUCUCCUAUGUUUGUGGAAUGCGCCGGUCCCCAGACGCAUCGGAGGUUUCUUUGCAGUUAGCACAUGGCUUCCCUUCUCCAAAAAUAUCAGCCGAGUUUUAAAUGAGGGCGAGAAUUCCAGGUCAGAGUUGCCACGUGAUGGCUCUGAGUCUGAUGCGUUUGUCGAAACCAUGCUCUCAUUUGCUAUUGUCAAAGCACAAAAUUCUUCAGUUCUAUCUAUACCAGUUUUCCUAGGUCAUGGAUCAGACGAUGCAUACGUUGAUGUCAACUUAGGAAGACAAGCAAGGGACUUACUACUCCAAGUCGGGUUCGAGGUGGAAUGGAAGGAGUAUGUAGGGGCAGAACAAGAGGGACACUGGUUAAAGUGUCCUGAGGAGAUGGAUGAUAUUGCUUCCUUUUUGUCUCGGAAUAUCAUAUAA